AAAAAAAAAAAAACUAUUAAUUGAUUAAAAAGAAAAAGAGAAUGCGUUUAAUUCUUCAAAGUAAUUAUAAAAGUUUGUUCGUUGUUGAUUCUUCAUCUUUGAAGAUAUAAUUGCAUGAAGUUAGACAACUUUUAAAAAAGAAAGAAAGAAAAAAAAAAAAAGUUCAACUAAUUGAGGAGUACUUAAAAAAAAAAAAAUUGCAAUACACCCUUACGAAAAAAAAUACGGAAAAGAAUAAAAUUCUUCCAAAAGAAUUAAGAAAAAACAAAAAAAAAAGAAAAAUAUAAAAUACAUUUCUUUUUUGUUUUCAAAUUACACGCAUCGGCAUUAUGAACGGCAGUAAAAGGAAAAGUCGUCCCGCAGGCUUGUCAAGGUGUUAAUAAAUUUGUACGCGAGUGAUAACCGUCAAUCUAAAGGAAAAUCAGUUCAAGCGCAAGGCGUUUAUAAUAAUACUUAUUUUAUGCAUGCUGCGACCGCACUUGUUGGUAACUUAGUUCAAGUUCACUUAAGGUCUGGAAAUUUGUAUGAAGGAGUUUUUCGAACAUUUUCUCCAAAUUUUGAUAUUGCUUUAGAACUGCCAUUUUGCAUUAAGAGCAAUAUAAAUACAUUAGAUGAAGAAAAGCCUGUUCCAAAUUGUAUGAUAUUUACAUCUGAUAACGUUGUUAGUAUUGUGGCUAAAGAGUUUGAUCCGAAUUAUGCUACAGGUGGUGCUUUUCAAACUGAUAACGCGAUUUCGGAAAAAUUUGUGUCUCAUCUCGAUGAGAAGGAAUUGGAGCCAUGGGAUGCAUCGGGUAUGAAUGGUGAAAUAGAAUUUGAACUAGAUGGAGGCACAAAUGGCUGGGAUGCCAAUGAUAUGUUCAUAAAGAAUGAAAAAACAUUUGGAGUUCAAUCGACAUUCGAUGAUUCUUUAUCUGACUACACUGUUCAGAUUGAAAAAAGAGAAACUGAUGAAUUUAAAGAGGCUGAAGCUAAAGCAGAAAAACUUGCUCAAGAAAUUGAAAAGAAUCCUAUAUGCAGAGAACGUUUAGAUUUAGAAAAUGGUGAUGAAGAAGCCUUAUAUGCAGCUGUUGAAAGGCCAAUAGAAAACAAUAGAGAAGAUACAACCAUGAUGAAUAAGAAUAAUAAUGCUGCUGCUGCUGCAUCAGCACUAUCGCGGCCUCCAAACACAAAUAUAAUGCCCCAAACGAUUAUUCCAAAUCAACAUCAUAUUGUAAUGACUCAGAGAAAUACUUCUGUUACGGAGAAAUUUGUCCAAAUUCCCAAGCGGAAAGCUGCGCCAACUAAUAAUAACAAAAUAUUACGACCAUCAACCGCUUCAAAUACCGUUUCACAGCAAAGUUCAAACAAUGCAAAGCUACCAAAUUACCAAACGGUGCAAAUACAAGGGACAACUUCUUUUGCAAUUAAUCAAGGCUACUCUCCAAUAAUGGCAGGUUCUACAUCAUAUAGGCAUCAAGGGAAUGCCCCACAAACAAAGUUGAACGGCGAUAUUCCUAAUAUAGCUGUUAAAAACACUUCACAGAGAAUAGUCAGAACUUAUGGUACUCAAUGUUAUGUAGAAUACAAUCCACAACAGAUGACCAUUUCGAAGUCGAUUCUUCCGUCGCAUAAUCAAAAUGCAGCAGGUACAGGACACAUUCAAGAGACAAAUAAUUCUCCACCGUUGCAUACUAAUCAUAUGGGACAACAAACAGCGAAUUUACAAUUAGGAACACAGCCGCCAUUACCACAGAGACCAAUGCGAGGUCGUGACGAUCAAAUUCAAGAUUUAAGGAAAUUCCAACAAGAUUUCCAUCUAUCUGGAAUGAAUCCUCCAAAUUCUCAACACCAAAUGCCGUUAAGUUCAAAUAAAACAUCAAACUUGACUGGUCAUCAAGCACAGCAAUCGAGGUCACCACCACAACCUCAGCCAUCUAUUCAACAACACACUUCGCCUCAUAAUCCAACAUCUAUGCAUAAUCAUGCGCAAUUAAUGCAGUCCGGACAGAUGCACCACCUGAAUAUAAAACAGGCUGAUAAUUCUAAUAUAUCGCAACCACAAAAGUCCGCUCAGUUUUCGCAUCCAACUCAAUCACAAGAGAAAUCUCUAUACCAAAAUCAUUCACAGCAGCAAAUUGCAAAACAAACAUCGCCAGUUGUAUCACCUGGAACAAGUAGCAUCGACUCGGCAAUGUCUUCUUCACAAGCGAAUAAUAACAGUAACAGUUCCAAUACAAACAAUAUGAAUAAUCCGUUUAGUAAUAAUGCGAACAAAAAUAAUACAGAGCUGUUGUCGGCAGACAAAACUGCAUCUAAAACUACGAUAACAAAGAAAACCCAUGUGCUUAAUCCAUCAGCUAAACCGUUUACUCCGAGGAGUCCAAGUACACCAAAUCCUUCUCGUCCACAUACACCACAGACACCGGUUCAGUCAAUUAAUGGAAUUUAUUCAACUGGAUCACAUGUUGGUAAUAGUCAAACUUCGUUUUACUUGAUGCAACCACAACAGCACUCUCAUCCAAAUGCUGUUCAACAACCAAGGCUUCGAAGAGGUCCAGUUGCGACUUCACAAAUGCAUGUUUCAGCUGCUGCUGCAACGGGUCAGCCAUUACUAACAGCGGCUCCAUUACAACAAUUUAUCCAUUAUCAACAAGCGCCGCAUCCGCCACAUUUCCCGACGCAACCAUAUCAACCAAUGGUGCGAAUGUUUCAUGAACCGCCUCCACAGUCAAUACAAUUUUUAGCGCAAACACCCCCAUCCACUACUCCUUCACCAGGUCAGCCACAUCAACAAUUCCACCCGCCACCACAACCUUCUCCUGCAGGCGGGGGACCACAGACGGCUUUUGGAACAUCGGCUCAACCCUACCAUGUUAUGUGUCCCGUUAUUCACCCCCAAUUGGUUCCCAACUAUUAUCACCAGGGAACACCCCAAAAUCCACAUCAGCAAUAUCAGAUACUAAUGCCUCAACACCCAGCACAGUGAACUUCCGUGCUUAAUUCAGAAGAUGCCUCUGUGGCUUAAACAGUAAAUAAUACAACAUACAUAAUAAUAAAAUGUGAAUUAAAAGAAAAAAAAAGAAAGCUUCAGUGGUUUCGUUAUUAUAUGUGUAUAUAAAUAUAUAUAUAGAUAUAUAUGUAAAUCAUAUUUAUAGUAUAUAUAUUUAUACAUAAAUAUACAGUGUUGAAAAAACCUAAGCAACUUAUCCAAA